UCUGAAUCAUCUGGCAGUCUAUGAGGUUAUUUCUAUUCGAUUCGAGUUUAGAUCUACUAGAUCUGCAGUGCAUGGAGAUACUUCUUCUAGAAAAGACACUGAACCCUUCAUUAUUUGACACCGUAAACAGGUUCUGGGAGACCAUACACAACAGACAAACAGAAGGAUACAAUACAAUAGAACCCAGGUUCUUUUCAUCUACCUAAAGAGUGAAUAUAAGCCACCACCAUGCAGGCCUUGUUUGGUAAGAAGAAGACGCCGGAACAGAUGCUGAAGCAGAACCAGAGAGCGCUCAACCGUACGAUACGAGAAUUGGACAGAGAAAAGACCCGCAUGGAGCAACAAGAGAAGAAAGUCAUUGCUGAAAUCAAGAAGAUGGCCAAGCAAGGACAGAUGGAUGCAGUGAAGAUCAUGGCCAAGGACUUGGUUAGAACAAGGAACUUUAUCAAGAGAUUCAUCUUAAUGAAAGCAAACAUUCAAGCUGUCUCGUUAAAAGUACAGACGUUGAGAUCUCAGAAUGCAAUGGCGAAUGCAAUGAAAGGAGUAUCCAAGGCAUUGAAAACAAUGAACACAAAGAUGAAGUUACCUCAGAUCCAGAAGAUAAUGAUGGAGUUUGAGCGUGAGUCUGAGAUCAUGGAUAUGAAGGAAGAGAUGAUGAAUGAUGCAAUCGAUGAUGUCAUGGAAGGAGAUGACGAUGAAGAAGAGAGUGAUGUCAUUGUGUCUCAAGUGCUUGACGAACUUGGUCUUUCAUUAACAGACGAUCUAGUUGGUAUCCCCUCAACUGGAGGAGCGCUUAAUACCAAGAGCAAGGAAACGGGCAAGGUCGCUCAAGCCGAUGGUUUAAGUGAUGCAGAUGCUGAUCUACAAGCAAGGCUGGACAAUCUUAGGAGAGAGUAGACUUUCGAUCCUUCAACCAAAUCUUGUCAUACCCUAGUGUAAAAGACACUGAUGCUGAUCUGCAAGGCUUGAAAACCUUAGGAGAGAAUGGACUUUACAUAACAGUCUAAAAAGCACUUGGGAUAACGAAAGAGACAUUGCCUUAGCUUAAAAAAAGGAGAGAUAUUCCUUAUAGAAUUAGUUCUCUACAUUUUUUGCUGUAUUGAGGAGAGGUUUCGCCAUCUACUUUGUCAGCAUAGCUGCAGAGAGAUUGUGGUUUAUAAUGAUAAUCCUGAUAGAAAUAUACAUAGAGCAUCAUGAGCAUGUAAUAAACAUUUAAAAGUUUUUUUAUGACCUGUUGAUGAAGAAUAUUUUUGAAAAUCAUUCAUGCAACUCGGUGUGAACCUAGUGCUCUGCUAUAAAAAAAAAGAAAUAUCUUUUCGAUGAGAUCCAACUUGACAUCAGACCUUUCCAAAAUGAGGGGGUGGGAGGGGGCAAGCUGUGGCCUUUGUGGCAAUUCUGAUUAUAAGGAUCCACCUUUCUUCUGUUUUGCUGGCAAAGGGAGUUUCACUUUGGUACCCAUUUAAUGAAAGGGAGGAGGGGAUGUGGGAAGGCACAUUUUUUUUCUAAUUUGAACACUGAGACUGGUCUGUCCAAUUAUUAUUUUGUAUCGGGCAAGCAUUAUUUAAACAAUGUACCUGUACAUUGUACAUACAGUUUACAUCUGUAUGUACCUGUUGAAAUCUAUUUACAUGUAAAUAGUUGUUAGCUAUUUGUAAAUUGUGACUUUUAUAUGAAUAAUUGAUUACAAAACCAUAUGUUUUAUAAUAUUGUCACUUAUAAUUAUAAUCAAUUUGAAAGACACUAUUAAAGAAAUUGAUUGUGGUAUGAGAAAUGAACUGUACUUGGGUUCCGGGUGCCACUAUUCGCAGGGUUUUAUAUUAACCCAUUGAUAGUAUUGCCUCUCAUUUUUGUUCCAUUAAGAAUAAUAAAUGGUGUACCAUUUUUUAAUCUGUGCGAUUAUAAACAUUAUCAAGGUCCUAAUUAUGUUAGGAAAAUUGAAAUGUAUAUUCAUUU